ACCUCGACGGCGUGUAUCGUUUGGCUUCACCGGUCCAUGCGCACUGCUGCGAUCCAUGACCAAGCGGACUACAUGACCCUAGAGGUCGCGAAGUGCCACACCAUCCCAUCCACAGAACCAGCUUUCCCACGGGCUCGACGCGGUAUACCGAGGUACCCGAGCCAUGAGCGUUACCACGGAUGGGCUGAAUGACGUCUACGAAGCGCUGGAGCGCUACAGCUGGGACGAUGACAUGGAAUUCCAGGCGGGCCUGCAGGCAAUAAUAGGCAGCAACAGCACGCCAGAGCAAACGACCGAGUUGGCGUUACGGGCGCGAUGUUUCUACUAUGCAAGAAAAUACAACAAGAACAUCGACUUCGACGCCUAUAAAGCCUACCGCAACGCCCGCAACCGGCCGCCCCCCACACCGCCCAGCUCAACCAACGUGCUCGCAUCCUCCGUCAUAGACCAAGAGCUACAUUCAACUCGUAGUGAGCACACAGACGCCAAGUCCACGAAAAACACAACAGCAAAUAAUACUGCACCCGCUCCAACUACCGAACCCAGCGGCAUUCUGCCCUCAUCCAUCAAUGCAAACGAACCGCCUGCGCCGUACCCCACCAGCUUUGCGCACAUUGUAGAUUUGAUUACAAGCGGGAAGCCAGUUCCGGGUAUCAAGGAAAUCCCGCCUACUGUACUGGAAGGACAAGGAACGCAGGCGACCAAGCCAAAACGGAAGAAGCCGUGGGAGAAGGACGAGGUUGAUGUCGAAGGUGCCAAGGAGACGAGCAGUGCAUGAGCGAUCACAACGACGUGUUUGGGUGCAUAAGAAAAGCAUAGCGAUGGAGUUGUAGAAUAAAACAUGCUGCAUUCGAUUGAAGAAAGCGCAUAGUUGGUGUUGGCAAGACAUGUUACCCAAGCAUCAUAUCCACUACAAGCAAUCUGGAAUAGCAUAUAGAAGUGAAAUGGAAAC